AGAUAGUGAGCAGGGGCGGACUGACCAUUUCAGCACUUGGGCACUGCCCGAGGGCCCGGGGUCAGUAGGAGGCCCCAUGAGAUGCCCCUGGUACCUUUAUUUGGCUUUUUCAUAGGUUUUUUUUUGGCUGUGGGUAAGGACACAGGGGCCCCAUGGUUGCAGUGCCCAAGUUUCUAAAUGGUCAGUCCGCCCCUGGCCAACAGUGAAGACUUUGCAAUGGGGGAAGCUACUGGUUUUCACUUGUUCAGCCUGCAGGAUGACCAAGAGAAAAUCAAGCUGUGUAAGAGGCAAUUUGCUCUGCAUUCACUUGAGUUGUUACUAAAAACCCAGGACCCUACAUUCAGGGUCUGGCUCUGAGGAAGAAGGUUGUGUCC